AUGAAGAGGAUGAAGAGCGCCAGGGGCCCCGCCGGCUCGGGGGCGGAAGACGAGGAGGGGCCACACUCCGACUUGGCCGAUGUAGAGGAUUCUUCUGCAAAGGCCCUUGUUAGUCUAAAAGAAGGAGGCUUGACGCACACGUGGAAUGAAAAAUACAGUUCGCCGCAGAAAACUCCCACCUGGAAAGGAGGAAACAGCCCUGCUGCUGAUGUACCCCAUAGGAGCUCCAAGCGAAGCCGGCUUGUUUGUGAGGAAGAGGAACGUCAGAUAAAACACCAGAUCACCAAAAAGAAACCAGAAAACAGCCAUUGUAGCACAGAAGUUUACAUCCACCACAACUACUCCAGUGAAAAAAGCAUCUCAGAAAAUCGGCUACAGGCUGCGAAAUCUACUGAAACUACCCAAAGCACAUAAAUGGUGUAUAUACGAAUGGUUUUAUUCCAAUAUUGACAAACCCCUCUUUGAAGGUGAUAAUGAUUUCUGUGUGUUUGCCUAAAAGAGUCUUUCCCAAAUCUCAAAACAAGGAAACUAACCAGAGUGGAAUGGGGCAAAAUCAGACGGCUUAUGGGGAAGCCACGAAGAUGUUCUGCCGCAUUCUUCGAGGAAGAGCGAUCGGCUCUGGAACAGAAACGACAGAAAAUACGCCUCUUACAGCAGAGGAAGGUAGCAGACGUCUCUCAGUUCAAGGAUCUACCAGAUGAAAUUCCCCUCUCUCUGGUUAUUGGGACUAAAGUUACAGCUCGGUUACGAGGAAUACACGAUGGCUUGUUCACUGGUCAGAUCGAUGCUGUAGACACCCAAAAUUCCACUUACAGGGUCACAUUUGAUAGAAAUGGACUCGGUACACAUACAAUCCCAGACUAUGAAGUCCUGAGCAAUGAGCCACAUGAAACAAUGCCCAUCGCUUCCUUUGGACAAAAACAGCGGCCUUCCCGAAUGUUCAUGACUCCACCACGGUUACAGUACCCUCCACCUGUCCAGUCACCCAUUAUGGAAAGUGAUACCUUGCUGGCACAAUCUCCCUGGAAAAGCAAAUCAUCCAUCACAGACAAUAACACAAUAGGGGGAUUUCCAGUGGAAUUCCUUGUUCAGGUGACAAGGUUAUCAAAGAUCCUUAUGAUCAAGAAAGAACACAUCAGGCAACUAAAAGACAUGAACACAGAAGCAGAAAAACUGAAAUCCUAUUCUGCUCCUAUUGGUAUUGAGUUUCAGAGGAGAUAUGCAACCCUUGUUCUGGAACUGGAACAACUCAAUAAGGAUCUUAAUAAGGUUCUCCAUAAGGUUCAACAGUACUGCUAUGAGCUUGCUCCAGAUCAGGGCCUUCAACCAGCAAACCAGCCAACAGAUAUGAGGCGGCGUUGUGAGGAAGAUGCCCAAGAGAUGGUCCGCCAAGCCAACACCUCCAACGGUCAGCCAUGUGUACAGAACGAGAGCCUAACAGACCUCAUAUCCCGACUCACCGCUAUCCUCCUACAGAUCAAAUGCCUGGCAGAAGGAGGAGACCUGAAUUCUUUUGAAUUUAAAUCUUUAACAGAUUCUAUUAAUGAUAUAAAGAGUUCUAUAGACCCUUCAAAUAUCAGCUGUUUUCAGAAUAAUGUGGAGAUCCACGUAGCACAUAUCCAGAGUGGCCUGAGUCAAAUGGGAAAUCUCCAUGCCUUCUCAGCCAAUAAUACCAACAGGGACUGA